AUGGUUUUUGAGUGGAAAGACGAGGGCAAGCUUCACCGUGUUCCCAAGCUGGAGCCCGGCCCUCCUAAUGUUUACUUUGGCGAUAUGUUCUGUACUCCUGACAAGGACGCCCCCAACCCUUUGACCGGAUCUUUCUUUCUCCUCGAAAAGAUCGAUACUCUGGAGCCUGCCCCCAAGUACGACUACGAUGAGAGUGGUGUCGUCCUGAAGGGCGAGCUUCACAUUGAGGACGAGGCCGGUAACACUGCCAAGUUGUUGCCUGGUGACACCUUCUUCGUUCACCGUGGUAGCACCAUCACUUUCUCUACCCCUCGAUACGCUGUUGCUUACAAGGUUGCGGCUCGUCACGGACACUUGAAGCUGUAA